CUUUCCCCGCGUGGCGCAGGCGCAUGCGCGCCGCCCCCCCCCCCCUCGGCCGGCGGGGAGGGGGAUGCGGACGGGGGAAGAUGGCGGCCUCGAACAACCCGCGGAAAUUCAGCGAGAAGAUCGCGCUGCACAACCAGAAGCAGGCGGAGGAGACGGCGGCCUUCGAGGAGGUCAUGAAGGACCUGAGCCUGACCCGCGCGCACCGGCUCCAGCUGCAGAAAACCCAGUACUUGCAACUGGGGCAGAGUCGUGGCCAGUACUACGGUGGGUCUCUGCCAAAUGUGAACCAGAUUGGAAACAGUGCCAUGGAUCUCCCCUUCCAGCACAACGGAGCUCUGGCUGAAGCCUUUGGAGCAGUUCCUGUCUCUUUGACUCCGUUCCAGUCGUCGGGGUUGGACACGAGCAGGACGACCCGGCACCACGGGCUGGUGGACAGAGUGUACCGGGACAGGAACCGCCUGGGCUCGCCCCACCGCCGGCCCCUCUCCGUGGAUAAACAUGGAAGACAGGUGGACAGCUGUCCCUACGGAACGGUGUACCUGUCCCCUCCGUCAGACACCAGCUGGAGAAGGACAAAUUCCGAUUCUGCCUUGCACCAGAGCACCAUGACUCCAGCUCAGCAGGAAUCCUUCUCUGGAGGGUCCCAGGACAUGCAGCAGAAAAGAGUUUUGUUGCUGACUGUCCCUGGAAUGGAGGAAGGCACCUCAGAUGCAGACAAAACCCUCUCCAAGCAAGGCUGGGACACUAAAAAGACCGGGUCAUCCAGACCUAAAUCAUGUGAAGUUCCAGGAAUCAACAUCUUCCCAUCAGCCGACCAGGAAAACACUACAGCCCUGAUUCCUGCCACGCACAACACGGGCGGCUCCCUGCCGGACCUGACCAACAUCCACUUCCCUUCCCCGCUCCCCACGCCGCUGGACCCCGAGGAAUCCACAUUCCCUGCCCUCAGUAGCUCCAAUAGCACCGGGAAUCUCGCUGCCAACCUGACUCACUUGGGCAUCAGCACUGCCAGCCAGGGAAUGACGACGACGCCGGCCCCUUCCCAGCAGCACCGCCCGCCCGCCGUGAGCCCCCUGUCCUUGGACUCCAGGAGGCCACAGUCCCAGCAAAUGUCCCCCACGCUCUCCCCUCUGUCACCAAUCACUCAGGCCGUGGCCAUGGAUGCACUGUCCCUGGAGCAGCAGCUUCCCCCGUACCCCUUUUUCACCCAGACAACUUCCCAGCAGCAGCAGCAGCCGCCAGUGGCCAGUUCCCUGCCCCAGAACCCCCCGCUCCUGCAGAGCUCGGGGCUGCAGAGGGGCCCUCAGCUCCCCCCUCUGUCCGUCACGGUACCUUCCACCAUCCCACAGUCGCCUCCGGGGAGCCAGAGCCAGCCCUCCAUGGGCAUAGACAUCAACUCGGCGUCACUCCAGCAGUACCGCAGUAAUGCUGGAUCCCCAGCCAACCAGUCUCCCACCUCUCCUGUCUCCAAUCAAGGCUUCUCUCCUGGCAGCUCCCCUCAACAUUCUUCCAUGCUGGGCAGUGUUUUUGGGGACUCCUAUUAUGAGCAGCAGAUGACAGCUAGGCAGGCUAAUGCCCUCUCCCACCAGCUGGAGCAGUUCAACAUGAUCGAGAACGCCAUCAGCUCCAACAGCCUCUACAGCCCCUGCUCCACCCUCAACUACUCCCAGGCUGCCAUGAUGGGACUGACGGGCAGCCACGGCAGCCUCCAGGACUCGCAGCAGCUCAACUACUCCAGCCACGGAAACAUCCCCAACAUCAUCCUGACAGUGACAGGAGAGUCUCCCCCCAGCUUAUCAAAAGAACUGACCAGCUCUUUGGCGGGCGUGGGCGACGUCAGCUUUGACGCGGAUUCCCAGUUCCCCCUGGAUGAACUCAAAAUCGACCCCCUGACCUUGGAUGGACUGCACAUGCUCAACGACCCCGACAUGGUCCUCACCGACCCCGCCACAGAGGACACGUUCCGGAUGGACCGGCUGUGAGGGCCCGGAGCCCCGGCGGGCGCGUGGCGGCGGCCGAGCCGGAGCGGCGGCUGCUCCGCCCGUCCCCGCCCGUCCCAUCAGCAGAGCUUGUCGUCCUGAGCUUGCCGCGCUGCAGAACCCCCCGCCCGGCGCCC